CCUGUUGUCUAUCGGUACAAAAAGCCAGACAACUGUAUUGUAGUCAACGGACACCAGCCGAUGAUAUCAAUAGCCAAAAAAAACUGUUUAUCUAUCAGUAUUUGAUUACAAUAUAUGUAGCACCGGGUGGUGUAUUCAAUCAGACUAACUGUCUAUAUCUGGAUCUCUAUACGAGAAAUCAGAUACUAAUGGUAUCGUUGACUAUACCGGGCGUGGAUAUCGAUACCGGUAACGGUAUAUCGCAUGUAAUGUUGAACAAGACUACCGGUUUAAAGCCUAUAACCUUUGUCCGGGCCAUUCACGAUAGCCGCACGUGUGCUAACCGUUUCUAUCUGCAGGGCAUACGUGUAACUGAUCAACAAUUUGGUUAUUCAGUAAACUAUUUGGUCGACCAAUACAUCCGAUUAGAGCCGUUGCAGACAGCAGUCAAACAUUCAAUAGUCAGACCACGUGUUGACCUAUUAUGGACUCAAUUGAUGAGACCAUUGUUCUGGCAUUCAGAUAGAUGUCCAACAAAAUUGAUGGCAACUCCCGUUCAAUAUCCGACUUACGGUUUUCUAGUACUACCAAUGCUUACACUAACCGAGCGAUUGAUGUUUCAAUCAUAUCUGUUAUCACUAUUGUAUUUCUAUAAUAAUCUCUUAGCAAACUUGUUGUCCACAUUACCAUUGUUUGACAAUAUAUGUCUGUUUAAACUGUCGGUACCAGUGGCCAGUUGUCUGGCAUUUAAUUCGACUAAUUUUAUAGCCUAUUUCUAUCGGUCGGCCCUAAAGUCCAAUCACCGAUCAAAUGAUAUUUCACAAUCGUUUCGCCAGAAACUAUGUUCACUGUUAAAGUCGAUGUUUAGUCUAUAUCUACCGGUGAUGUCGAUUAUCUUACUAUUAUAUCCAUUGAAGUUUGACAGCAGUUCAUCGGUACUCAUGAAUCGGCGAUUAUUUGUCGACAACCAAUCAUCGGAUGAAUCAAUUGUCAAUUUGCUGUACUAUAUGUCUAGUCUAGUCCUGUGUCUGACAUUGUGGCCACUGAUCGCCGGUUUAUUUCGUUGUCUAUAUCUAUGUCUCGUUGGUUGUCCACAAUCGGAACGUUUCGACGAUUUAGUGGACAAUUCAAUAAAUUUGAACGAAAUGUCUAUUGAAAAGACCGAAACAUCAAUUGAUAACAACAAUAUCGUCUAUAAAGAUAUAUUCAAAAAUAAUAGCAAUUGUAUAGUUUGGGCACAUUUUGUUGAUACUAUCCAACAAAACGGAUGGUCUAAACUAGAGUUACACACCAACCAGCAUUGGCCGGACAGUUAUCAGGCAUACUAUGCCGGCUUAAUUGAAGGCUAUCUAACCCAUCAAUUGAUUACUGAUCACUAUUUUAACAAAUUGGACGGUUAUUUUACCGCCGAUGAUGAUGAAUACAAGCAAAAACUUCAGGAUUUUGUUGAGAAAAAUAUCAAAUUUAUGACAACUAUGUUGACUACGGCUAACAACCCUUACUGGCAUUGUGUUGGACUAGUACUGUAUCAGCUAACUGGCCUCCAGGAUGGCUACAAUUGGGCCAUCAAUGGUAGUGGUGGUGGUGGUGGUGGUGAUGGUGAUGGUAGCAACAAAUCAGUACUACUAGAGGUCCGCAUAGAUAUCAAACCCAUGGAUAAGGUUUUCCUAUUGAAUCUGAUACCCGAUUUGGAUGUACUCGAAGAAGUAUUUGAUAAACAAUCCCGCGAUCGACUACUGUUAGGCGAAGGCCAUCACUGUUCGGCAAUUGUCAAACCGUUGGCCGACGGUUCCGAUCUAUUGGUCGGCCAUAAUAUGUGGUCGACCUAUCACUCGAUGUUACGUGUAAUCAAAAAAUAUGAUUUCGGCUAUCAUUUAGAUCGGGAAACAACUAAUGAGCCACUGAUUCCCGGCUCAUGUAUGUCGAUGUCCUCAUAUCCCGGUGCUGUCCUAUCGUGCGACGACUUUUAUAUACUAUCGUCGGGACUGGUAGUCCUGGAAACGACAUUCGAAAUACUUAACAACCGUAAACUAUGGUCGGGAGUCAGACCCGAUUCAACGGUUCCCGAGUUUAUACGUGUAUUGGUAGCCAACCGAUUGGCCAGAUCUGGUAGUGAAUGGUCGGAAUUGUUUGGCCGGUAUAAUAGCGGUACUUAUAACAGUCAGUUUAUGAUUGUCGACUACAAUCGCUAUCGAUGUGGCCUCAGACCCGACCAAUUACCCGAUGAUGUAUUGUGGAUAACGGAACAGUUACCCGAUAUGAUGCACUCGGAAGAUAUGACCGAAAUGUUACGUCGGGAUCAUUACUGGUCAUCGUAUAAUAUACCGUAUUUUGAGGAUAUCUAUCGCCGAGCCGGUUACCCUGAAUUGGUCGAAAAAUAUGGCCAAUAUUUUAGCCGCACUAAUAGUCCAAGAGCUCGGAUAUUCAGACGCGACCACUGCCUGGUCCGAGAUAUCCAAUCAAUGAUGCGAUUGAUGCGAUCAAACAGUUCACCAACAGAUCCAUUGUCCCGAUAUCCUGGCUGUCGACCACCAUAUUCGGCUGAUCUGGCAAUUGCCGGCCGCAAUGAUCUUAACGAUCCCGACGGUUACUACAGUAUACCUGUGCUGGGGUUUAGACCGCGCGGUGCUAUCGAUGCAAAAAUAACUUCAAGUAAAUUAAUUGAAACUAAUAGGAUGUUUGCUGUUAGCGGACCAACCAAUCAAUCGCUACCGACAUUUCAAUGGUCGACAACAUCGGUAAAAGGGAUCCGACAUAGAGGACAACCCGAUAAAUGGGAUUUCCAACCCGUUUAUGUCGAUUGGUUGCUAUAA